AGAAGAGACGUAUGUGACUGAUAUGAAGGCAGAAGAUAUAGAGGAAGAAAAAGAGACGUAUGUGACUUAUAUAAAGGCAGAAGAUACAGAGGGAGAAGAAGAGACAUAUGUGACUGAUGUAAAGGAAGAAGAUAUAGAGGAAGAAGAGACGUAUGUGACUGAUAUGAAGGCAGAAGAUAUAGAGGGAGAAGAAGAGACGUAUGUGACUGAUAUAAAGACAGAAGAUAUAGAGGGAGAAGAAGAGACGUAUGUGACUGAUAUAAAGGCAGAAGAUACAGAGGGAGAAGAAGAGACGUAUGUGACUGAUAUAAAGGCAGAAGAUACAGAGGGAGAAGAAGAGACGUAUGUGACUGUUAUAAAGGCAGAAGAUAUAGAGGGAGAAGAAGAGACGUAUGUGAGGGGUGAUCAGCAGUGUAAGAAGGAGGAGAUCCCUACAGAUAUCAGCACAGCAGAUGGGCACACAAGCAGGAACAUCUCAGAAGGACAUCUAAUGUUAUCCCUGGAUUCUGAAAUAACCGAUAACGACAGUAGACAGGAUUCUCCAGGAGCUAACCCCAUUACCCCAAUUAUACAUCCAGCUCUAUCAGCUGGUCUCUCUGAUCCUGGGAAAUGUUCUCCUGAUCACUCUGAUAUUGGUGCAUCUGUUACAGCUCUGACAGUAGAUACAGUGUUUCCCUGUUCUAUAGAUGCCAAAUGUUUUACACAGAACACAAAGCGUAUUACCAAUCAGACAGCUAAGGCAGGUGAGAGUCCAUUUCCAUGUUCUGAGUGUGGGAAAUGUUUUACAUAUAAAUCAUAUCUUGUUAGACAUGAGAGAAGUCACACAGGUGAGAAGCCAUAUUCCUGUUCUGAGUGUGGGAUAUGUUUUACACAGAAAUCAGCUCUUGUUAUACAUCAGAGAAGUCACACAGGUGAGAAGCCGUAUUCCUGUUCUGAGUGUGGGAAAUGUUUUGCACUGAAAUCACAUCUUGUUCCACAUCAGAGAAGUCACACAGGUGAGAAGCCAUUUUCCUGUUCUGAGUGUGGGAAAUGUUUUGCACACAAAUCAUAUUUUGUUAUACAUCAGAGAAGUCACACAGGUGAGAUGCCAUUUUCCUGUUCUGAGUGUGGGAAAUGUUUUGCACACAAAUCAUAUUUUGUUAUACAUCAGAGAAGUCACACAGGUGAGAUGCCAUUUUCCUGUUCUGAGUGUGGGAAAUGUUUUUCAUCGACAUCACAUCUUGGAAGACAUCAGAGGAGUCACACAGGUGAGAAGCCAUUUUCCUGUUCUGAGUGUGGGAAAUGUUUUUCAUCGACAUCACAUCUUGUUAUACAUCAGAGAAGUCACACAGGUGAGAAGCCAUAUUCCUGUUCUGAGUGUGGGAUAUGUUUUACACAGAAAUCAGCUCUUGUUAGACAUGAGAGAAGUCACACAGGGGAGAAGCCGUAUUCCUGUUCUGAGUGUGGGAAAUGUUUUGCACACAAAUCACAUUUAGUUAUACAUCAGAGAAGUCACACGGGUGAGAAGCCAUUUUCCUGUUCUGAGUGUGGGAAAUGUUUUUUAUCGACAUCACAUCUUGUUAUACAUCAGAGAAGUCACACAGGUGAGAUGCCAUUUUCCUGUUCUGAGUGUGGGAAAUGUUUUGCACACAAAUCAUAUUUUGUUAUACAUCAGAGAAGUCACACAGGUGAGAUGCCAUUUUCCUGUUCUGAGUGUGGGAAAUGUUUUUCAUCGACAUCACAUCUUGUUAGACAUCAGAGGAGUCACACAGGUGAGAAGCCAUUUUCCUGUUCUGAGUGUGGGAAAUGUUUUUCAUCGACAUCACAUCUUGUUAGACAUCAGAGGAGUCACACAGGUGAGAAGCCAUUUUCCUGUUCUCAGUGUGGGAAAUGUUUUGCACGGAAAUCAGUUCUUGUUAAACAUCAGCGAUUUCACAGAUGAGAAGCCAUUUUCAUGCUGUGAGAGAAAUAAAUCUGCUCUUGUUGAACAUAUUAGACAUUACCCAAGUACGGAACCAUUUACAUCUUCUGGAGUAUAAUUAUCACUGCCGUCCAAUGUUCCUCAAGGGUGAAUCCGAUCUCUUAUGCUUUAUAAAAUAUACAUGCUACCACUGGGUGAUAUAAUCAGACGUCAUGGCCUGGUCUACCACUGCUAUGCAGAUUGCCUGCUUUUUGCACCAUGUACUGAGAACCUAAUACCAAUCCUAAAUGGUUGUCUAGCUGAGCGCCUGGGGUUGAUGAUGCCAGUUGGCUGUGACUCAGUCUUUGUGAAACAUAAUAGAAGCUCACCAACAAAGGACAAGACUACAGCUUUACCAACCAUCUGGAUUUUUGCUUUGGUGUUCAGAAUUGCAAAAUACUAAACAUGUGCUGAAUCUUUGUGUUGUCCUGGUAUGUGGCUGACACAGACAUCAGGUAUCUGCCACAUACUAAUCCUAAUUCUUCCAUCUGUGGACCAUAGCCAGAAUCAAGCACUUGAUUCCCUCAGAAGUUCAUAGACUACUGCAAUGCCAUCUACCUGGGUUACCCAGCAAAAGAAUUACAGAGCUUGCAGCUAGUACAGAAUGCAGCAGCCAAGCUGUUACCUAACCAGCUCAUUCCUGCCACAUAACACCCAUUCUCUACUCCCUUCACUGGCUGCCUGUAAGAUGACAAAUAUAUUUCAUAAUUGGCUAACUGACCUUCCCAGCCCAACAUUACAUGGUCCAAGGUACUAGAAGCAGCUUCUGCCUCCUUACUGCCCUGCUUGCUUGCUUGCUUCUACAGAUGGACUGUUACCAGCAGUACCAAGAAUCUCCUGUCAUUCAUUUAUGGGUUGAAUGUUUAGCUUUGACCAUGGAACUCACUGCCUUGCACAGUCCAAGAGGCCUCCACUCUAGAGACCUUCACAAACAGACUGAUGACUGUUACUCACGCUUUUCAUUAAUGUACCUCUAUUUACUUCCUAAAUAAUACAUCCCAAAUGCUUAGGUCUUUCUUCUGCUGUUUAUUUUGUAUCUUGUGCUUUAUGUAAAUGUGAAUGUCUAAUACCAGUUUGCACAAUCUGUAUUGCUGCACGACAAUAUGGCGGCCAUUGGAACGUGUUUUCACUUCUUCUAGUUUGCCUAACUUGUUGCAGACACUCAUCUUGAUCAGGAGUGUCGAGUGUUUUCUGAUACAAGAUCCUGUCCAUAUAUACCCUGUACAUUAUCAUGUGCUUUAGAGUCACCCGGGUUCCAUCUGCGGUGGUUUGUUGUAUGUUACAUCUAUAUGGUGCGGAUACUC